CCAAGAAUCCUCCCAACCCCAUUAUUUGCUGAGUUCCCUUUUUAUACUUCUGCUUUUACCAAUGCUUAUCUCACCUCACGCCCACCUCCUAGACAUCCUCUCUCUAUAUAUAAACUCGAGUCCCAGACAGCUUUUCUUCACUCUCGUCUUUUAAUUCCUUCAUAGUUUGGGAUCGAAAUCCGAGAUGGGUUCACGAUUCCAAGCUUUGUUCUCUGUGAUUUGCUUUCUUCUGCUGUUCCUAAAGCAAGCAAGAACAGAGCAGUUUUAUAAUGAGAGCAGCUUGAGUAAUAUAAAGCUAGCGGGUGGCUGCAAUUUGUUCCAAGGGAGUUGGGUCUACGAUGCUUCGUAUCCUCUCUAUGAUUCUUCGAGCUGUCCCUUCAUAGAUCCAGAGUUUGAUUGUGAAAAGUACGGUAGACCCGAUAGGCUCUAUCUCAAAUACAGGUGGAAGCCCAACAGCUGUGAGGUUCCGAGGUUUAAUGGGUUGGAUUUUCUGAGGAGAUGGAAAGGGAAGAAGAUAAUGUUUGUGGGUGACUCUCUGAGUGUGAACCAGUGGCAAUCGUUGACAUGCUUGCUUCACUCUUCCGUGCCCAACGCCAAGUACACACUGACCAGGAACGAGCCGCUCUCCUCAGUAACAUUUGUGGACUACGGAGUUACGGUGUUGCUAUAUCACACUACAUACCUAGUGGAUAUUGUUCCUGAAAAAGUUGGCCGGGUUUUGAAGCUGGACUCAAUCGGGGCCGGUAAUGCAUGGAAAGGCAUGGACAUGUUGAUCUUCAACACGUGGCACUGGUGGACCCACAGAGGAAGUAGCCAACCGUGGGAUUACGUACAAGACGGAGGUAAAUUGUACAAAGACAUGGACCGUCUGAUGGCAUUUUAUAAAGGGCUGACCACUUGGGGCCGAUGGGUCAACGCGAACGUAGACCCCACCAAAACCAAAGUGUUUUUCCAGGGGAUCUCUCCCACCCAUUACCUAGGAAAAGAUUGGAAUCAAGCAAGGAGGACUUGCAGCGGGCAGACACAGCCGCUGUUGGGGUCGAGCUACCCGGCAGGUACGCCUCCGGAGGUGAUAGUUGUGAACAAAGUGUUGAGUCGACUAAGAGUACCAGUGUAUCUGCUGGACGUGACCAGGCUCUCACAAUUGAGAAUAGAUGGACACCCGACGACCUACAGUGGCAACCACAAGGGCUUGGACUGCAGCCACUGGUGCCUGCCUGGACUCCCCGAUACCUGGAACCUGCUCCUAAAUGCAGCUCUCAUCCUUUGAACACAAGGACCAGCAGAUGGCAAUGUGUAAACCCUAAACAAAAUCUCAUUAUUUGUACACUAUUUCAGUGCUGGGUGAAGUUUUCCUGUGAUUUUUCUUUUUAUAUGUUGCUUGUAGUGGAAUGAAUAUGGGCAAUAAGAGGGAUGGUGCACAAAAGAAAAAGAAAAUUGUAAAGUAAUUUGUUCAAUCCCUGUAAAAGUGCAUAUUGGAAUUAUUAUCAAUUUCAUUUGCAGCAGGAGAAAGUGUAUUGAAUAUUAGAUAUUUUUUCAAGUCAAAGAAGUAUUGAAUGAUAAGAGGGAUGGUGCACAAAGAA